UUCUUUACAUAUACAUAUGUAUGACGUCGCUUAUUGCAAUCGUGCCCCUAUCAUGCACAUUUCGAUUAGAGAGCUGCGUUCAACACGAUAACGAGCGUUGAAAUGACGAAAUGAUGAUCGUUCACAUGCACUUUUAUCCAUAAGUAUGUAUUUAAUGCACGUAUGCUUGAAUUUGGCGCCAAUUUUUAUAAUGCACGGCAUAUAGACGAUUUGAAGUUCUUGAUCUGUUUUAGUUUCGUGUAGAAGAACAAGUGAAUAAGACCUGCAUUCAACUGCACUUUAGUACGUUCGCUUAAACAUCUGUAUCUUUGUGAACGUUUAUACGAGUAUAUAUUUAAAUACAUUUCAAUAUCAUUAUGAACAAGCCUCUUAUUGGUCUGCUGUGUAUUGAUCGCAAGGAUAGUAUGAGCCCCGACAUUUGCAGUUAUAUUGAUGAAAAGAAUGUGAAAUAUUUGGAAGACGCUGGAGCUGGUGUUGUGCCUAUUUGGAUCAAUAGAACUGCCGACUAUUAUGAGGACAUAUUAAGCAAAGUAAAUGGCGUUCUUUUGCCUGGUGGCGCGGUCUAUGUCAAUGAACACGAUCCUGCUCGCUUGGAUUUAACGAAUUAUUGUGUUACUGCCACUUUGAAUAUUAUACGGAUAGCUGAGAAAUUGCAUAAGAAAGGUAUUAAUUUACCGAUUUGGGGAACAUGUCUAGGCUUUCAGCUUUUAGUACUCUACACAACCCAUUUGGCGGAUGCACCUUACGGCACUGAUGUGCGCGACAAAUGCGAGUUCAUGAAUUGCUUUUUAUCAGUGGAAUUUUCAUCAGAUUUUCGUGAUUCACGGCUUUUUGCCGAUUUACCUGUUGAAAUAGAGAGCAUAAUGAAGAACAAACCAUUCGGUCACCAUCGCCAUAGGUAUUGCGUGAGCCUUAAGACAGCAGAAAGUUUCAAUGAUGUGUGGCAUAUAUUGGCAAAAAACGAGGACGCGAAGGGCUUAGAAUUUGCUUCCAUUAUCGAACAUCGCAGAUAUCCGUUUUUUGGAUCGCAAUUUCAUCCAGAAUCGGAAUGCUCGCCAGAAUGCAACAAGGUAAAAGAGUUCUUAGCGAGGUUUUUUGUGGAUCAGUGUCGUAGCUGUGGCAAUCGUUUUGAAAGUGAUAAGGAUGAGCGGCGCCAUUUAAUACAAAAUUUCCCUGUUACAAUUUCCGGAAAGUCUACUGUACGUGUAUUUGGCGACUCAGUCGAUUACCGUAAAAACGAGAAUCUACAAAUAUUUCCGCUGAAAUCACUCUAAUGUUCGUAGCGUGUUCGAGUUUAUGUGAUUAAAUAUGAAAAUUUGCUGACUGUUUCUUCUACUUUAGCUGCAAUAGUUUUUUAUAUUAAUUAAAUAAUUUAAGUUUAUAAUGUAGAGAUUAACUGAUGAUAACGAUUCUGUGGUAUUUAUAAAAAAUGUGGCUUUAGAAGUCAGUACAGGUUGCCAUUAUAAAUAAAAAAUAAAAUAAU